GGGAUGUAGAAUUAGUCUCGCUGCGGCUGUGAGCUCUGUGAGUUCCCAUGCUCGGCUGAAAAACUUGUUGAAAAGGACCCCGGUUAUUGUCAUUGUCUCAUUCUCACCUGCUGUGUGAAACUCAGUGGUGCUGAUUCAGGUGCCUGGAAACCCUGGGGAUCGUGGAAUAAAUGGGCCUCUGAUUGGGGACAGGAGGGGCGGCGUCUGAGAAGUCCCGGUGGGAGGCAUGAGGGAGGGUCGGCUGCCAGGGACCUCACAGAGCCCCACUGUGUCCACCGCAGCACGUUCUCUCUCAGCUGGUCUGCAGGUAAUGCGUGCUGUGUGCUCUGUUUUCCUGCAGGGGACACUGUGGUCAGGAAGGAGACUGCCGGGUGAUAGUGGGGGGAUGGGAGGGGUGGGCCAGGAACCCCCGGCCCUCUCUGCAGGGGCAGCCACUUCCAGUCCUGAGCAGUGUGAUUGAUCCGGGAUGGGGCCCUUUCUCUUGCUGUGAGAAGCAGGAAAUUGAAGCCCGUCGGUCACAGUGCUCUCAGACAUCAGAGCGGGGGACGAGGAAGAAGGCCGAAUGCAGAUAUGGCCUCGGAAGGCUCAUUUCUCUUUGAAUCCCUGCAGCGUGUGUGGGAGGCCGUGUGGCUUGGUGGCUUCUUGGGGGCAGCCAUGUGCUUGCCCAGCACGCUGCUCCCAGGACCAAGGAGAGCCCAGCGGGUGGCGGGCACGUCGCUGGCGCCUCACCACCGAUGAGCAGUCACUACCUCUCUGUUCCAUUCGGUUACAACCGAGUAAGCGAGUGGGGCAGAUCGCUGCGAGUGCAUUGGAUACUUGAUGAAACCUCAGGCUGCCUGGCCGUGGGGAGGGGUGUGCGUGAGUAAUGUUUCCCCCUCACAGUCACGUAGCUGGUCAGAGCUGGGGCUGAAAGCCGGGCUUCCGAUCGCUAAUCCCAGACGCUAUUCACGCCGAGCGCCGUGAGGGUCUGCAUUCUUUCCGGCAGAGACGGUCUCCUUUUUCCUGGAUUUUCCUGUCUGUCAUCCAUCCGUCUCAUCAUUAAUUCCCUCACCUUGUUCCGUAGAGGAGGCAAGAGACCCACAGAAGAGCUGUCUAUUGCUUGGACAUAUGUGACGCCCACGCUGGCUGGGGGCUCCGAGCAUGGCUGACACCAUCUUCGGCAGUGGCAGCCAGCAGUGGGUCUGCCCCAAUGACCGGCAGCUCGCCCUGCGAGCCAAGCUGCAGACAGGCUGGUCUGUGCACACCUACCAGACCGAGAAGCAGAGGAAGAGCCAGAGCCUCAGCCCGGCCGAGGUGGAGGCCAUCCUGCAGGUCAUCCAGAGGGCCGAGCGGCUGGACGUCCUGGAGCAGCAGAGGAUCGGGCGGCUGGUGGAACGGCUGGACACCAUGAGGCGCAACGUGAUGGGGAACGGCCUGUCCCAGUGUCUGCUCUGUGGAGAGGUGCUGGGCUAUCUGGGCAGCUCGUCCGUGUUCUGCAAAGACUGCAGGAAGAAAGUCUGCACCAAGUGUGGGAUCGAGGCCUGCCCUGGCCAGAAGCGGCCCCUGUGGCUGUGUAAGAUCUGCAGUGAGCAGAGAGAGGUCUGGAAGAGGUCGGGGGCCUGGUUCUACAAAGGGCUCCCCAAGUACAUCCUGCCCCUGAAGACCCCCGGCCGGGCUGAUUACCCCCACUUACGACCUUUGCCUGUGGAACCGGCUGAGCAAGAGCCCAGAAGCACGGAGACCAGUCGAGUCUACACGUGGGCCCGUGGGAGAGUGGUUUCCAGCGACAGCGACAGCGACUCGGACCUCAGCUCCUCCAGCCUGGAGGACAGACUCCCGCCCCCUGGGCUCGGGGACCCGAAAGGCGGCAGAUCCAGGGGGGACUCAGGUGGCAGCGUGGAGUCCCCCAAGAUGGAGCUCACCCACCCACCCAGCCACCUGUCAGGGAGCCAGAGCAGCCUGGCCAGCGAGGCCGGGACCGGCUCUGCAGACCCACAGAGGGGCACCCCACCCUGGCCGGACCCAAAGGGCUCCAGCAAAAGGCACACCCGGGCGAGUCCCCGCUGCUGACUGGCCCAACGAGCCCUCCGCCUGCCCUGGGCAGAGGCCUGCAGGGCGCACGGGCAGGCUUUCCAGUUGGAAGAGUGAGAGAGCGC